CCACCUAUUCAAAUUCUCCUUCUCCUAAAGGGUACUGUCUACUUUCUUUUCUCUGCAAUAAGACAGUACUUUGCAUGUGUUUUAUUUUUUCCUAUACAGUGAUAUAUAGCAUAUGCCCUGAGAGUCAGAUUGACAUGAGUUCAGAGGUUAUCUGUGUCAUUUCUUAGUGGUGUCACUCUGUGCAAGUGAUUUCAACUAAUUUUGAUCUUUUCUUUCUUUAUUUGUGCUAAACUAUGUUGGCAUACUGUGUAACAUUAGCUCUGGGUGGUAGAAUUAGGCUUGCAGUUCUUUUUUUUUUUAUUUGAGACAAGGUCUCACUCUGUUGCCCAGGCUAGAGUGCAGUGGCAUCAUAGCUCACUAUAGCCUCAAACUCUCGGGCUCAACCGAUCUUCCUCAUAGUUCUUUUAACCCAGAGUAUUGAUAGCUAGAGAAUUUUAAUUGGUUAUAAAACUACAGUGGUUGGCCAGGCCUUAUAGAAAUUCUAGCAUAAUGAUUAAAAAGCUCUGGAGCCUGACAACUUGGGUUCUGAUACUGUCUCUGCUACUUCCUUGGCUGUGUGUUCUUAGAAAAGUUACUCAACUUCUCUGAGCCUGUUUACUCAUCUUUAUUAUGAAAAUGAUGAUAACUAUUAUUACCCAUAGAAUUUUAAUGGGAAUUAAGUACGUUAAAGUUUAUGAAACAUUUGUCUUGUGUAAGAUAUACAGCAAUAGCUAACAUUUAUUGAAUAUGUACACUUAUUAUGAUAGCCACCUGGCCCGAAUGAUGUGUGGAUUGAUGCCUAUUUGCAAACCUGAUUUUCUUAACUUUUUCCUUUGGAAUCCUUAAAGAUAUUUCGUUCUGUGGCACCUAACUAGCCCUACCACAACCUUGUCUUCAAGUUUUUGGAAACUGACUUUUCUUUGUUUCCCAGACAGUUCCUAGAAGUGAUGGCGAGUUCUGUGACUGGUUGUCUUCACCACAUCUCUUCUGAACACCUGUUGAGUGUGGUGUUUUCGUUUUGCUUGAUGAAUCAUUUUCCCCUGGCCCUUGUUAAUCAGGUUCUCCAGAAGGACGUCAUAAGUGAGCUGCUGGCAUCAGAUGACAAGGAGAGGAAUGUUCACAAGCUUCACAUUUUGAAUACUUGUCUAAAACUUGAUGAUACUUUUUCUUACAAGGCCAUAGACUUAUUACUGCCACAAAUGCCAUCGGCACCAUUAGAUCCAAACACAAAGGUUGCAGAGGUGCUAAGUAGCCUUCUGGGAGGUGAAGAAUACUUCUCAAAAAAUGUACAGUUGCCGCAUAAUUAUCAUAUUGAUUUUGAAAUUAGAAUGGAUACUAACAGGAGUCAAGUGCUUCCAUUUUCUGACAUGGGUGUAACUUCUGCUACGAAUAUUCAAAGAGUAGCUGUGCUGUGUGUUCCUAGAUCUGUUUAUUGUUUGGGCUCAAACCACCCGAGAGGACUCUUUGCUAUGAAAAUGCGGCAUUUGAAUGUAAUGGGUUUUCAUGUGAUCUUGGUCAAUAACUGGGAGAUGGAGCAACUAGAGAUGGAGGAUGCAGUCACAUAUUUGAAGAGUAAAAUCUAUUCACUUGAAGACCUUCCUGCUGGUGAUAUAAAUUUGCAAAGUACAUAUUAAAGUAGAAAUCAAUCUUUUCACAUUAGGAGACAUGUAUUUGUAAAAAUAAUUUCAAUAAAGGCUAUAAUUAAUUCAGUUGUCAAUGCAA